AUGGAUGAAACUCUGCCGCCCUGGGGAAACUGCCCGGUGCGCAUCUCCGGCCCGGAAUAUCCCGGCUCGAGGGGCGCCAGGGCUGUGGCUCUUAGGCUCGUCUUGAAGCCCGAGCCGCCGCAGGGAACCCGCCGCCUGAGCCCGUCUGGCAGUCUCAGCGCCGCAGCAGAGACUCCACCCCGGAGCACGCGUCCGGGUCUUUACAGUAGCCGGGCCGGAGGCGGCAGCCGCGGCACCUCAGGGUCGUUCCAGGGCCGCCGCGCUAGGAAAGGUGUGGACGGCCGGAGAGGAAAGGGACCCGUCGCGCCGGGGUCUCGGGCUGACCGGGAGCCGCAGGGAGGGCGGGAGAAAGGGCGGCCGGGCAGCGCGCCCGCCCCUUCCGUCGUGGCCGCGCAUGCUCAGUGGCGGGAGGGGCCGGGAGGAGGCGGCAGGCGCCCCAGCGGCUUUGCAUUGACGCCAGCACCCGCUGGAGGUCACAGCUGGGGGCUGGGCGCGGCGUGCUGCCGGGAAGAUCCGGCCCGGCAAACGGAGCCGGAGUCGCUCCGCCGGCAGCUACCGGGUGAGCGCCGCCGCUUCAGCGCUUCUCGACGGCACGGCUUCAGAUCCGACUGGAGCCGAGGUCCCUCCUUCCCUACCCGGGCGGACGCGGCUUCGCCGCCCCGACCGGCUUCCUCCGGCGAGAGAUCUAGGCUAGCUUUCUCCGCCACCAGCCCUCGGACCAGGAGCAUUUAUUCGCGGGGCGGCAGGCGGAGCGGCGUGGGUGCCCGAGCCUCGAGAGUCGGCGGCUGCAGCGCCGCGGAGCGGGAACGGGAACGGGGCCGUGAGCGGGCGCAGCAGGGAGCUCACGUCCCUCGGGGGGCGCGCCGCCCCACGGCGCGGACUCGCCUGCUCUCGGGUCGGGACAGCUCAAAUCUCCUCCCCCGAAAUUCCCCGGAAGCGCGGCGCUGCCGAGGCGAGCGCGGCGAUGUGAGGGAGGCGGCCAGCGGCUCCCGCUUCAGGAGGCGCAUGUUCGGAGGGGCGGCCGCGGUGCCUUGCCCGCCCCACCGCCCCUCCCCACCGCCGCAGCUGCUGCGCCCGCACCGCGAUAAAAGGGGCGGCCGCACUUCCUGGCGCGAGACCCGGGCUCGUCGCCGCCCGCCCGCCCAGGCGGCGAUGACACGGCGCUCUCGGCAGCCUGUUUCGGCGGCGCCGCCUCCAGCAUGGGCUGUGCCCAGAGCCUCCACGCUUCCGAGAGCCGGGCGGUGUACCAGGGCGGCAACGAGGCCGAGGACGCGCCGGGCCCCGCGGCGCCGCCGCGUUGCGGCCCGGCGGGUCGCGCCACCCACGCGUGCAGACGACGGCCGCCUCGGCCCGGUCCUGCGGCUCCAGCCUCGUGGAGUCCGAGCCAAGCGGUGGCAGCGGGAGCGCCAACGGCAACACGGUAAGGGGUGCCGGGCGGGCGGGGGCUCCGAGGCUGCGGUCCGUGGUGAAAUUCUGGCCCUGCGGCGCGGCAGCUUUCCCGCAGGGCCGGGUGGGUCUCCCUCCCGGCUCGCGGUGCCCUGUCGCCUGGCUUUGGAUGACUUUGACGGACGCCAGCGGACCGUCUUGCCAGGGCAGCGCCUGGCGCGAGACCCGGGCUCGUCGCCGCCCGCCCGCCCAGGCGGCGAUGACACGGCGCUCUCGGCAGCCUGUUUCGGCGGCGCCGCCUCCAGCAUGGGCUGUGCCCAGAGCCUCCACGCUUCCGAGAGCCGGGCGGUGUACCAGGGCGGCAACGAGGCCGAGGACGCGCCGGGCCCCGCGGCGCCGCCGUUGCGGCCCGGCGGGUCGCGCCUCCCACCCGUUCAGACGACGGCCGCCUCGGCCCGGUCCUGCGGCUCCAGCCUCGUGGAGUCCGAGCCAAGCGGUGGCAGCGGGAGCGCCAACGGCAACACGGUAAGGGGUGCCGGGCGGGCGGGGGCUCCGAGGCUGCGGUCCGUGGUGAAAUUCUGGCCCUGCGGCGCGGCAGCUUUCCCGCAGGGCCGGGUGGGUCUCCCUCCCGGCUCGCGGUGCCCUGUCGCCUGGCUUUGGAUGACUUUGACGGACGCCAGCGGACCGUCUUGCCAGGGCAGCGACCGGAGGCAGACCAACCCUGGUCCUGGGGACCGUGCUUAG